CCCCGAAAGCGGGCACACAGUCGAGGGACGGGGGGAGCGGGGCGCCCGCCGACGGUGCCCGCCUGUCGCCCAGGUGGGCGCCCCGUGGAUGCCCCCGCCGCCUCCUCCGGCAGGUCCUCCGGGCCCCGUCGCCUGCUGGCAUCUCCUUGUGGCGGCGGUGGUGGCCGCCCCGCGGACCCUCCUCGCCUCCAUGGCCGCCUCGCCGCCGAUGCCCCCGCCGAUGCCCGCGAUGCCCCCGCCGCCGCCGCCGCCGCCGCCCGGCUCUGUAUCGGCCGCCUUCGUCACCUGCCCCAGCGAGAAGGUGGCCAAGGACCUGGCCAGAUCCCUGGUGGAGAAGCGCCUGGCCGCCUGCGUCAACAUCCUGCCCCACGUCACCUCCGUCUACACGUGGAAAGGGAAGGUGGAGGAGGACGACGAAGUGCUGCUGAUGAUUAAGACGAGGACCAGCCUGGUGCCCCAACUCACCGACUUCGUGCGGUCGGCGCACCCCUACGAAGUGGCCGAGGUGCUGGCGCUGCCCGUCGACCAGGGAAAUGCCCCUUACCUGCGCUGGGUCCACGACGCCACCAUGGCCGCCCCGGCCCCCCCUCCGGCCCCGUGAGCGCCCGCGGGGCCCCCCAACCCGGA